ACUGAACCUUUCAAAAAAAUGUUUGGUUGGAAUAAAACUUCGGAAAAAAUAAGGAAUAGCGGAUCAAGAACGUCUGAAUCCCUAAAUCUUGGCAUUGAUGAUUUUGAUUUAUCACCGGGAGCUGAUGAAUUAACUGAAGAAGAUCUAGUUAAUCCAGAAUUAUUGGGAGAAUUAAGAGCACUAUCUACUAGCGACCUGAAAAAUGAACAGAAAUCAAAAACACCAAAAACAUCCAAAACAUCAAAACCGGUUGCUAAGCCAACAAAUAAAUCACCAAAAUCUACAACAGUUUUACCCGAAGUUGAUAUUGAUGCAUUGGGUGUACAAUUUCAAAAUGAUGACGAUGAUGUCGAGGUUGAGUUAACUGAAGAAGAUAUGAAGGAUCCAGCCUUAUUAAAUGAUUUAAAAAGUCUAGGCUAUCAAAAUGAAAGAAAUUAUAAUGUGGGCAAAUCUAUAGAACAAGAUGAUCAAUCACAAUUUCAACCAAAAGAAGAUCAAUCUACAAUUGGUACGUCUGAUGCUGAUUCGCCACUUGAAGUCAAAUUAUUAGAAGAAAAUGUGGAUAUUUUGGCUAAAUACAUUCAACAAGAAAAACUUAAAGCUGUGAUUCAAAGCCGUGCAGGAGAUAAGAAAGGAGCAAUGGAAAUUGUUAGAGGUUAUAAACAAUUAGAAGAAAAACGUUCUCAAAUAUUAGCAAAAACUUCAAAAACUCCAUCUGAUGUGGCUCACUCAAAAUCAACUGCCGUUUCCAAAGCAGUAGAAAAUGUUCAACCGUCAAAACCUAAUUUAACAAACUCAGAACUUAUUUUAUCCAUAAAACAACGACUGGAUCAAUAUAUGAAUGCUGUAAAUGUUUUUAAAAAUACAAAUUACCAAAGGGCCAAAGAAUAUAUGAAUAUUGCUAAAAGUUUGCAAACAGUCAUUCAAUCUUUAUUAAAGGGUGAAAAUUUACCUGAAAAUUGGGUUUUGCCUGGAGAACCAGUUAUGUCAGAAAAAGCACCUCCUAGUUCACCUAGUUCAGCAACUCCAAAGAAUAAGGCUCCAGCUUUUAUUGCUCCCUCUCCAUUACCAACCAAAGCAUCAACUUCUAAAGAGAAAGUUUUGGUUGCAAUUGAUAACGUUGAUGAAUCUCAAUUUUUGAAUGAGGAUUUAACUACGAUGUCGAAGAAAGAUCAAUAUGAAAAAUUUCUAAAGGUUCAUUUAGAGUCCCAAAUUUCGUCGUGUCAGACGAUCUCAGCUUUCUAUCUAAAAUGUGGUCACAAGAAUGAGGCUAUGAAUUUUCUUCGAUAUAAAAAAGCGUUCGUUGCUGAUUUAGCAUCCCUGGCAUCCUAUCAAAAACACGAUAAAGACAUGCCACCUUUCCAUUUUAAGGAAGUGACUUACGAUAUAGAGAAUGCAUUUUUUGAUCUAUCAGCGAAUGAUUUGGAAAUUUGCAUAGAAAGAGCUUGGAAUCUUGGAAAUAAAGAAGUUAAUGGGAAAGAUGUUGAAGCAUAUGUAUGUUGGGAUAUCGGGUGGCCACUUGAAGGUAGUCAAGGUGCUGGUAAUGGAAAGGGUGAUACUUCCGUUGCUAAGCGAGGCAUGGAUCCAGAAUUCAAUUGGAAAAAGAUUAUAAGCAUAGAACGCACUAGACCAUUUAUACGUCAUGUUGAAAGAAAAAAGGCAACAUUUGAAGUUUUUCAUUAUAGAGGAUUUUUACGAAAAGCUAUUUCGCUUGGAAAAGCUCAAGUCAAGCUUGACCCAUUUAUAAAAAAAUCCGAAAUACAUGAUGUUUUCGAGCUUGUUGAUAACAAUCGUAGACCAACAGGUGGAAGAUUAGAAAUUCGUUUACGCAUGAGACAUCCGUUAGAAAAGGCGGAUAUUAUUACAAAAAAAGAAAGAUGGUUGAUUAUUGAUGAGUUUAACACGAACACAAAUACUUCUGGUUUAAAUACUUUGUCCUCAACAUCUCAACAAAUAUCAUCUCCUGUAUCUCGGCCUGGCUCGUUACAGGACAUAUCAUCUCAGCCUGACUUACUACAGGAUGCAUCAUCUACGCCAAUCAGAAAAACUUCUGCAUCAGAUAUUUCAACUCUGACACCAAAAACGUCAUCGCAAGUAUCUACCCCUGUUUCGCAAAAACAGUCAACAUAUAAUGUACCUCCCGUAACUCCGAGCAAAGAAGCGAAAUCAACAGAAAUUGAUCAAAAUGAGUUGGAACAAGCUGAAGAAGAAUUAAAUAGUGUCGAUUUGAUGGUUUCAAGUAAAUUGCUUCAACAAGAAAGUGAAUUAAUUGAUGCCCAGAUUGCGUCUUUACAAACACAACAAAAAUCUGUGCCGGAAGAUUUAUUAGAUAGAAAGUCUGCCAUUCAAAUUAAAACAAAUUUGAUGGAAAUACAGGUUCAAACUGGACAGUUGACUAUUGAUAAAUAUAUGGAUAAUGUAAAGAAUUACAUUGUUAAUUGCAAAAAAUUAGCAUUAAUAUUCAAAAAAGCAGGUAGACUGGAAGAAGCCAAGAAAUUACUUAGUAGAAGUAAACUAAUGGAAGGUGAAGUGAAAGAAAUUGAAGAAGCAAUGUCUGGUGGUGGAAUGGAUAAUGAAUAA